AUGGCAGUGCAGUUCUGGCACGUUCUGCUCCGGAAAGUCAAGAGGUUCUGGAUCAGCUGGAAACUUUCUUGCAAGACGAGGCUUUGCUUCAGAAGGUUCAAAAGCUCCGAGAGACUGGCAAUGAGCAUGUGCGACAAGGGCAGUACGAAGCUGCAGCUUGGUGUUACGAGGAUUGCCUGCAGGCUGGGCAAGGACUUGAUCUUCCCAUCAGAGGUGGCGGAACGAGCCAAACGUCCAUGCACAGGCCUGUGGCGACAAAUUCGCUCGGCGGAGACUGCAGUGGUCACCAACCUGUCACUUUGCUGCCUGCAGGGGCAAAAGGACUGGGCGCCUAGCCCUGAGCGUGCGAUACAGCUUUGCACAAUUGCCCUGACCUACGAUCCAGAGCACGUGAAGGCCAUGCGUCGCAUGGGCCAUGCCUAUUGUGCACUGCAUCAUUAUGAGGAUGCGGAGGCAAUACUCACAUCAGCGGUGCGGCAGCGGCCAAAGGAUGCCGCUCUCCGCCAGGACCUGGAGCGUGCACGGAGUCAAGCCGACGAUGUGCGACGCCGGGCCAAGGAUUGGGAGCGUGAGGCCUUCCGUGACAUGUUUGAGCGACUGCCGGGAGGUUUCGCCACUCCAGAGGUCCGAGGCACAACUGCUUGGCCUGAGUCGCAGUUCCCAACACCGCAGAGGUGCCUCGGAGCUGACGAGGUGGAUGACUAUGUCGCACAUCUUUCAGAGAGCCUCCAGCAGGAGGGUGAAGCAGCUUACAUCAUGGAAUUGCUGUACACGAUAAGACAUGCUGUCGAGAUGCAGUUUGGUGAAGGUUCUGGAAAGCAGCUGGCCAGGAUUGUGCCACUGGUGCAGGCACUCACUCGCAGCCCGGGAUUGGUAAAGAGCCAUGAGCCGGGCAAGGGGCAAAGGUGCUUAGCGUCUCGCUUGACUGGCUUGACACCGGAGCAGCCUCUGCAUGACCGCGAUGAAUCGGUGGCUUUUUGCCACCAGCUACGGGCACAGAAGAAGAUCUUUUUGGACGAGCUCCAGUCCCAAAAGAUGCAGAAGGAGAUCCUUUGGGAGGCACCGUGGUCCUGCCAGACAGAGCAUUCCUGGCAAUGUGUGCCUUUAGUUCGACAAGGAGCAUGGGUAGCAGGCGGUUUCUUUGGGGCAACCAGCGAAGUUCUGUCCGGCAAUUCUGCAAUCAGACCUUUCGAGGCCGGCUUUGCGAAGGUGAUGCCCAAGGGCGUCUUGCGACACGAGGCCAACACCAACUACGUGCUGACUCUUCACCUGAUUUUGGAGCUGAGAACUCCUGGCGGCCAGUAUGUCGCCCACAUUGGGGAGCAAAGCCGUAGCUUGGAAGAAGGCGUGUUCGUUUUCGACCCGAGCUAUGCCCAUUGGAUUGAGAACACUUCAGAGGCUGAGAUGCUGAUCUUUUAUUGCCACUUCUACCAUCCAGAGAUUUCAGAGGUGGAACGCUAUGCGCUGUUGCUGUUGGCGCAAUUGAUGGAGAUGCUUCAGAGCAGCGGUGUGGUCAGAAGCGCUACACUGGCGCCGGCUGCAGAGAACGUCGCAAGACCUGUGAGCACUGUCGCGUAA